AUGGAUUAUGAUGCGUUCGACGCUCUGCUUCACCACAUCUUCAGGCAGACCCAAGCCGAUGCUUGGUUCAAGCCCUCGGAGGAGAACAUACACGCGGGUGUCUGCCUAAGGGUCGCUCCCGGACGCUUCCGUGUCUUCCCUUAUGAGAAUCCCCACCUAGAGCCAUUCGAGGCGGCGGUGAGGGCUCUCAACCCAGUCGUGGCCGUCAAGGUUCGCAGCGCAGCCAUCCAUGCAGCGCUGACGACAGUCAAAGAAGAUGCUGAAUGCAUCUUCGUUGACGAUGACACUCGUAUCCAGAUCCUGGAUACGAUCAUGUUCCUUCCACGCGCUGACAAGGAACAGUGUGCGGCCUUUAUCCGCGACGAGAGCGUGCUCGUCGUAUGGUCGUAUUCGCUGGACAAUAUCAUUCCCACGUGCAAGGACUUCGAGGAAAAGCUCAUUCAGCUCGUGUGGAAGCACCGAUCUGCGUUCACGUCGCUUGCGAGCUCCGCGGUAGCAUCGACCACUGCCUCCGACGUCAACUUAAACGAGAAGGCUGGGCAGACUAUCAUCGACGAGAAAGAGGUCGCGGCGAUUGCGAAGAAGGACACGCCGAAGAAGAAAAAGAAGCGCAAUUGUGGUCUGGGCUACUGGGUGUCGAACAAGGAAGAUGUGGAGAAGUCUGCGCAAGGCCCGUCAGAAAGACCUAACCGCCUGUUUUCGCCUGUCUACAAUGGUCUCGGUGCUGCGAUGGCGAUGUAUUUCAUUGCAAAUGGUAUAAGCAUCCUCAUCGAGGAGACUGUUCUAGACGGUGUCUACACUCGCUUCGCACUUGUUGCGACAACCCCUUUCCUCUUCUGUGUCGCUUUGUUCUUCUGUCUUCAGAUUAUCACCAACGUCUCAUAUGUACUUGGCCCUGUGGCACAAUACCACGAGAACUCGAAGUACUAUUCAGCGGUCCCUCCAGCACCCAAUAAAGAGGUGGACUCCAACCUACCGCACAUUACCAUCGAGUUGCCUGUCUACAAAGAGAGUCUGAAAGAGACCAUCGCUCCGUCAGUGUACUCGCUCAAGAAGGCAAUGCAGACGUAUGCCCGGCAAGGCGGCACCUCCGCUAUCUUCGUCCACGACGAUGGCAUGCAGCUCAUCUCGGAGGAGGACCGCGCGGCACGCAUCGCGUUCUACGCUGACAACAAUAUCGGGUGGGUCGCACGUCCUCCGCAUGACAACGCACCCGAUGGCUACAAGCGUGCGGGCCGAUUCAAGAAGGCGUCGAACAUGAACUACGGGCUCGCGCUGUCGCUCAAGCUCGAGAAGCACCUCUUGGCGCUCGAGGCGGAGGAGGCCUCACGCGGCGGCCAGGAUGCGAUCUCGGAAGCCGGCGAAUGUCUCGAGGACAAGGCGAUGAACAUGGCGGUUGAGGAGAUCUUCGAGGAGAGCGGACGGCGAUGGCGACCGUGGGCGUGCAAUGGCAGGUCGCUGCGCGUCGGCGAGCUCAUCCUGAUUUGCGACUCGGACACACUCGUGCCUGAAGACUGCCUACGGGACGCGGCGCGCGAGCUAUACGAAUGCCCCGAGGUGGCGAUCAUCCAGCACGAAUCAGACGUGAUGCAAGUGGCGCACCACUACUUCGAGAACGGGAUCGCGCACUUCACGCGGCGGAUCAACAAGUGUAUCUCGAUGGGGUGUGCGAAUGGAGAGGUUGCGCCAUUCGUGGGGCAUAACGCGUUUCUGCGGUGGUCUGCGCUGCAGGAUGCGGCGUUUGUUGAUCCUAUGGACGGGGUGAAGAAGAUCUGGUCAGAGACCAACGUAUCUGAGGACUUCGACAUGGCGCUUCGGCUGCAGCUCAAAGGCUACAACAUCCGAUGGGCGACGUAUUCCGAGGGCGGCUUCAAGGAGGGCGUCUCACUAACAUGUGAUGACGAGUUGAAUCGCUGGCAGAAGUACGCCUAUGGUUGUAACGAACUGAUCUUCAAUCCACUCAUCCACUGGUGGAAAAUGGGCCCUAUAACGAAGCAGCUCCGUGUCUUCGUCUGGUCUAAUGCCCCGGUGCAUUACAAAUUGACGAUGCUUUCCUACAUGUUCUCAUACUAUGGGAUUGCUGCUUCAUUCGUGCUCUCGCUGUCAAACUACCUGGUGUUGGGGUGGGCGCUCACUGUCGAUGGUUUCUAUGAGCACAGUUUCGAGAUCUGGCUCGCGUGCACGGUCGUCUUUCCGGGUGCGGGUAAUUUCGGCUUCACGCUACUACAGUACCGCCUUGGUCAGCGGAACCUACUCAACGCGCUCGCUGAGAACCUGACAUGGGUGCCCUUUUUCUUCUUCUUCUUCGGCGGCCUGUCCAUCCACCUUUCGCAGGCGUUGCUCGCGCAUCUGUUCUCGUACAACAUCACAUGGGGCGCGACUAAGAAGGAGGUCGAGCGGUCGAACUUUUGGCUCGAGGUGCCGAAAAUCCUAAAGCGUUUCUGGAUGGCGCUCGUCAUGUCCAUCCUCGUAUGCAUCCUCAUGAUUAUCAUGACCCUGGACGUCAUUCCGCAAGGCUGGCGGAUCUACAGUUAUGACUGGGCGGUCCUCUUCCCCCUAGCGAUCGUCGCAGGCUCACACAUCCUCUACCCGAUUGUGCUAAACCCCUGGUUCAUGAUCUUCUCGUAUUGA